AUGGAGUCCCUUAUUGACAUUCAGGAAGACAUUAAUGCUAAAAUGCUCAAGUCAAAAUCUAACUUUAAAAAAUGUCCUAAAGAACGUCUAACUGUUUGUUAUAUAGAAACUAGGAUUGAAAACUUAGAACAGCAAUGGCAAUUAUUCUACAAAACACAUGUAAAAUUAAUUAGCGAGGUAAAAAAGUCUGAUUUAUUUAAUUCAAAUUAUCAUAAGAAUGGCUUAUAUGAUGAGGUGGAAGAGUUUUAUAUACAGUUUAAAAGCGAGUUGAAAGAAAUAUUAAAUAAUGUUAAAAUGUCUAGUGAAACGUGUAAUGUUAGUCAAGGAUCUAGCUGUAGUACAGAAUUUAGAAACUUUAAGUUACCUGAGGUUAAGAUACCCGUGUUCUCUGGAAAUUAUAAAAGUAUAGAAAAUAAACCUCAUGUUCAAAGGAGUUCGCAAUCGUUUCAUGUAGUAGAGAAAGGAAAAGCGGAGUUAUCUUGCCCUUUUUGUUCUGCCGCUCAUAAGGUAACUGCGUGUAAAGGUUUUGCUAAAGAACAUAACGAUACUCGACGUGAUUUCGCACAGAAAAAUGGGCUAUGUUUCAUUUGUUUGGGUAGUAACCACUCUGCCAGAUUUUGUAGAAACACCGUCAGAUGCCAUUUAUGUAAAAGACGCCACCAUACUUUAUUGCACCCUAGCGGUGGUUCUGGGUCUGUUGGUGAGGGCACGGGCGUUGUUCAUAAGGAAACAGUGCCAGCUGCUACUAGGAAUAUUACCUCAAUGGAGGAAACUCAAAAGACUGCUGUACAAGCGGAGGGAUCUACUAAGCCAAUAGUUUCAUGCCUUUCGACAGGAAAUUGUAAGGAAACGGUUUUAAUACCUACGGCUUUAGUAAAGGCCAGGUCAAAGGAUGGAACAUAUCGUUUAGUUCGCGCAUUAGUAGAUCAAGGGUCACAAGGAUCUUUUAUCACGGAAUCAAUGGCUCAAUAUUUAGGGUUAAAGAAAAUUUUAACUAAACACCGGGUUACAGGUGUAGGCGGUAAUAAAACAGUUAUGUCUAAUUCUUCCGUAGUUGUUGAUAUACGUUCUCGAGUGAAUCCAGACUACAACGUUCAAGUUAAUGCUUAUGUUUUGAAGUCUAUCACAUCCCUUCUCCCAGUUGUAACAGCAACUCGGGUAGAAUGGGUAAAAUUGAAUGAAGACGUUUUAGCAGACCCUGAGUAUCACAGGCCUAAUAAAAUUGACGUCUUAUUAGGUGCUGAGAUAUUCAGCCAAAUUCUUCAAAAUGGAAUCCAAAGGAGUACUAGUGGAUCGCUUGUAGCACAAGAAACAGAAUUAGGAUGGAUUCUUUCGGGUGUUGUCGGUACAGAAGGUUCUUCCUUUAUUAAUUCAUAUCCUUGUAUCACUGUCAUGCAUUCCAAUGUUCAAGCUGAUGACUUCUUACGUAAGUUCUGGGAGAUAGAAGCGGAACCAUCGGGAACUGAAAAAAUACUUAGUAAAGAGGAAGAGGAAUGUGAGAAUAUUUAUACAAAUACCACAAGGCGAGACAAAACUGGACGUUACAUUGUAAGGCUGCCGUUCCGGGGUGGUAACCAAAGUUGUAAGGAUGGUGAAUCUAGGUUCAUAUCUGAAAAAAGGUUAAAGAGUUUAGAAUUUAAACUUUCAAGGAAUCAUAAAUUAAAGGCAGAUUACACUGCGGUGAUGCAGGAGUAUAUUGAUCUUACCCAUAUGGUAAAGGUAUCUCCAGAAGAAAAGAAUAAAGGGUUGUACUUACCUCAUCACGCAGUACUCCGGGAAGAUAAGCAGACAACUAAGGUGCGCGUGGUAUUUGACGCUUCCUGUAAAGGAAUAAAUGGGGUAUCGUUAAACGAUAACUUGAUGGUUGGGCCGACAUUGCAAGCAGAAUUACGACAUACGGUUAUGCGUUGGAGAACACAUCCAAUUUGUAUAGGUGCUGAUAUAAUUAAAAUGUAUAGACAAGUUCUUGUCAAUAGAGAUGAUACAAUGUUUCAGAGGGUUCUUUGGAGGGAUAGUCCUGAAAAGGAAAUUGAAGAAUUUGAAUUAGUGACGGUUACAUUUGGUACUUCAUCAGCGCCAUUUCUAGCAGUGCGUUCUUUACAUCAGGUUGCUUAUGAUGAAGGGAAGGAUCAUCCAUUAGCAACAAAAAUUAUUCUUAACGAUUUCUACAUGGAUGAUUUAAUGACGGGGGCAGAAAGUGUAGACGAAGGAUAUAAAAUUCAUACAGAAAUAAAAAAUAUUCUAGCUAAAGGGGGAUUUCAAUUGCAAAAAUGGAUAAGUAACAGCGAAGAAUUACUAAGCAAGAUAAGAGUAAGCAAAAGGGAUAAGGCUGAAGAAGUAAAAAUAAAAAUAGAUAAUAUUACUAAAAUACUCGGACUUACCUGGGAUCCUUGCGCUGACGUUUUCCAGUACUCUGUAGAACUGCCUCUCCCGACGGAACCUGUAAGUAAAAGGAAAAUUAUAUCGGAUAUUUCUAGGCUUUUCGACCCGUUAGGGUGGUUGUCACCUACUAUCAUUUUAGCUAAAAUUUUGAUACAAAAGCUAUGGUUAGCAGGUAUAGGUUGGGAUGAAGAAGCGCCCAGUAUUUUAUUAAAGGAAUGGAAUACUUACCGCAAAGACUUAGCUUCUUUAGUGAAUGUUAAAAUCCCACGUUGGGUUAACACUAAAUCCAGCAAUGUAAAGACGGAACUACAUGGGUUUUCAGAUGCCUCAAAAAUGGCGUACGCUGCAGUGGUAUACGUCAGAGUUAUAGAUGCAGAGGGCAACAUUCAAGUGGCGUUGGUUACCUCCAAAACCAAAGUUUCUCCGAUCAAACAGGUGUCAAUACCUAGGUUAGAACUAUGUGGAGCCGUUCUAUUAGCUAAGUUGAUGGUGGACGUUGCGAAAACUCUAGAUAUAAAUGUAUUAGAUGUGCACGCUUGGACGGAUUCCGAAGUUGUUCUCGCAUGGCUUAAUAGCCAUCCUAGCCGUUGGAAAACGUUUGUGGCCAAUCGCGUUGCAGAAAUCUUAAAUACAUUGGAUACCCAUUAUUGGUCAUAUGUGCCAUCUAAACACAAUCCCGCGGAUUGUGCCUCUCGCGGCGUGGCUCCAGGAGAACUCUGCAAUACUGCGAUAUGGUUCAAUGGACCCGAGUUUUUAAGGCAAUCAGUGAUAGAAUAUAAAAAACCUAAACACUUGAUUACUAAAUUGGAGGAAGUAAAGGUCCAUUCAGGUGUCCUUGACAUUUCGUUUUGGGAGAGGUUUUCAUCGCUUUCAAGGAUGAUCAGGGUAGUAGCUUACUGUAGAAGGUUCUUGCACUUAAGAAUCAAAUGUGCCAACAAGGAAAGAAAUAAACAGUUGUCGACGAAGGAACUCGAGGAGGCAAUGGAGGUAUGCAUUAGAAAGGGUCAAGAAGAAGAGUUACGAGAAGAAAUACAACAACUUAAGAAGACGGGAUCGUUAGGUAAAAAGGGAAGAAAGUACAAAUCGCUAAAUUUAUUUUUAGACUCAAAGGGGAUAAUUAGAGUAGGAGGUAGAUUAGAGAUGUCUCAGUUGAGUUAUGAUUGCAAACAUCCUAUACUUGUACCUAAAGAUUCCUUCCUCGCUAAGCUUCUCUUAAGCGAGGCUCAUCUUAAAACGAUGCAUGGGGGGCCUCAAGCUAUGAUCGCUUACUUGAGAUCUCGAUAUUGGGUUGUAGGGAUUAAAACUUUAGUAAGGGCCUAUUUUAGAAAAUGCGUUACUUGUAUAAGAUAUACAAAUAAAGCCAGAAGCCAACUAAUGGGACAGCUACCAUCUGCUCGUGUUACACCAAAUAAAGUUUUUCUGUACAGUGGCGUCGAUUACGCUGGCCCGAUAAACAUCAGAGUGUCUAAAGGACGCGGUAAUAAGUCGUACAAGGGGUAUGUCGCACUCUUCGUCUGUCUAUCUACGCGGGCGAUUCAUAUCGAAGCAGUCAGUGACAUGACUUCCAAGGGUUUCUUAGCCGCUUUUAAGAGAUUCGUCGCAAGGCGUGGACAUUGUGCAGAACUACAUAGUGACAACGGCACAAAUUUUGUUGGCGCUGCGCGAGAGCUGCAGGAAUUAUUUAAUGAAGAAAAAUCUAAAUUGAUUCCCGAACUGGUUGAGUGUUUGGCAAAUAAUGGCACAAAGUGGAACUUUAUUCCUCCCCACGCUCCUAACUUUGGAGGUCUAUGGGAGGCAGGAAUAAAGUCUACCAAAUACCAUCUCAGAAGGGUUAUAGGGAACUCUACAUUAACGUUCGAGGAACUAACGACGGUGUUGGCACAGAUUGAGGCGUGCCUCAACUCGAGACCGCUUUCUUGUGUUGACCAAAAUGAGUUAACGGUAUUAACUCCGGGUCAUUUUCUGAUUGGGGAACCACUCGUUCUUGUACCUGAUUCAAAUUACGAAAAGGCUAACAUUUCUAGUCUCAGACGGUGGCAACUUACCCAAAGAAUGGUACAGGACUAUUGGCGGCGGUGGUCACAAGAUUAUUUAAAUCAAUUUUUACAACGACAUAAGUGGGCUCACCAAAAUCCAGAGCCGGCCAUAGGUUGCAUAGUUCUAGUAAAAGAGGAUGAUUUACCUCCUGGUAAGUGGUUACUUGGGAAGAUUGAGUUAAAACAUCCUGGCCCUGACGGAAUCACUCGAGUCGUUACUGUUAAAACUAAAAAUUCUCUCAUAAAGAGACCUAUUACCAAAUUAGCUAUUCUUCCUGUAGCAUCAUAA